AUGGCAGAUAAUGCCGCCGGAGAGCAUGAAUCGUUUGUUGACUCGGUGAAAGAGAAGAUCUCCGAGACGUUUCAUGGAGACGAUUCUUCUUCUUCAUCGGAUUCUGAUGGAAAAGGAAAGAAGAGCUUAUCUCUAUCACCCAUGAAAGAAAAGGUUAACCGUCUCUUCGGGAAGGAGAAGUCUGUUCAUGAGAUCUUAGGAGGCGGUAAACCUGCUGAUAUACUGCUGUGGAGGAACAAGAAGAGCUCUAUUUGCGUGCUAGGUGUUGCCACUUUAAUCUGGGCGCUCUUUGAAUGGAUCGAAUAUCACUUGCUUAGUCUGUUAUGCCAUGUUCUAAUAAUAGUUCUUGGGAUCCAUUUCCUGUGGUCAAAUACAUUCAACGUCAUCUACAGCAGGUGUCCACAAUUCCCACAAGUCGCCAUCCACGAAGAUACUGCUCUGCAGAUAGCCUCCGUCCUUAGGUUUGAAAUCAAUAAGUCUCUGGUGGUCCUUCGUGAAAUUGCUUCUGGGAAAGACCUCAAGGAAUUUCUUGCUGUGAUCGCUGGUCUGUGGAUUGUUUCGAUUGCAGGAAGCUGCUGUAACCUCUUGACAUUGAUCUACAUAUGCUUUGUGCUGCUAUUGACGGUGCCGUUGCUAUACGAGCGACAAAAGGAUCAGAUUGAUGUGUUAAUUGAGAAAGCAGAGGGUGAGUUGAAGAAACAAUAUGAGGUAUUCCAUGCCAAGGUAUUGAGCAAGGUUCCCAGAGGACAAAAGGAGAAGAAGUUUGCAUAA